AUGGAAAGAAUAAUAACCUAAAAUCUAAAAUCUCUAGACAGUCCGUGUCCACCCCCAGCUCCCCUGCGAAGUGCGAAUACCGAACAGCGAAUCUGCGAUUUCUGCCUCUCCUACGAGCAGCAACCGACGACGACAGUGGUCUCUGCCUCACCUGCGGUAGCCGAAGACGACGGUGGUCUCCGCCUCCCCUGCGAUUACUCCUGUCUCCCUAAAUCCUAAAUUCCUAACCCUAACUCAGUCAACCUUCUUCCUCCUUCCACAUAGUCGCACUUCCCUCAAGAUCGUCGAAAAGAAGCUCCGAAACUGUAUCUAUAUCAAGACAUUUGCUUGGAACUAAGAGUUGGGUUAAUGGCUACUAAGCGGAAUAUUCGUUACAGCCGGCUUGCGGCUGAUGAAGGUGAUGAAUAUUAUGGCAGUGAGGCAAGACGAGGUGACCUCCGAUAUGACUAUUCACCAAAAUCUUUUGAUCAAGUUCCAUGGAAGUCCCUUGCCCUUGCAAUUUUUCUGCUUUUACUUGGAUGUCUUCUUCUCGUUCUGUCAUUCUUCAUCCUCACCGGCCAUAUGCCAGGAGAACGGUCCCAAGCAUAUGGUCUUUUAGGACUGGGGUUAUUAACCUUUCUCCCAGGAUUUUAUGAGACACGCAUCGCUUAUUAUUCUUGGAGAGGCGCUCAAGGUUACAGAUUUUCUGCAAUCCCUACCUACUGACCGUGACGUUUGAGUUGCUGUACUUAUUUUCUCUACGCACAUCAUCUCUGUUAUAUACAUAUGCUACGCCCUCCUAUCCACCCUUUCUUUCCUCUUGUCAACAGAUUGUGUUAUACUGCAAUGUAUUUAACUAUUUGAAUCUUGGUUUUUAGAUGAUGAAAAUAUUUUUCAUAUAGUGUACUUCAAUAUUCAACAUGGAAUAGCUUUGGCUAAUAUGUGAUUGGAGUUGAGAAGUAAUUGUGUUAACUCAUUGCUGCUAGGACAUCUGAAAUGUUUGUAUUAUAAUGAAUUAAAUCAAGUUUGAACUAUUCAAUUUAACAUGUGUAUGUUUUCAACAUUAUAUUAUCUUCCUCUGCAACUUCUUGUAU